AAAACAAACCAUAUCAUCUACUGGUAGAUUAGUCUCAAAAGAGCUAAUCUACUCAAUUUUACACGUCACAGAGUCAAAAAAAAAACUAGAAAAAGCCAAACUGAAAGAAACAUAAACCAUAGCCGUGCAAGCAACGGGGCCCACAUAAACCCCCCAAAAAAAUCACGCAAUCCAUCCAUCCCUCCAUCCGCAGUCCGUUCCCUUCUUUCCCCUUGUAUAAGUAGCGGAUGCCACUCCCGCCACUCUGCCUUACACAAAACACAUCAAACACACCAAGCUCAGACAAGAGAAGAGAAGAGAAGCCAAGAAAUCAUCAUCAUCUCACGCAUUUCUUGCUCGAAUUCCAGCUCGAUUGAGCAUCAUGGGUUACAACGAGCUGAUUCCGGGGUUGCCGGAGGAGGUGGCGAGGGAGUGCCUCAUCCGGGUGGGGUUCGACCAGCUGCCGGCGGUGCGCCGCAUCUCGCGCCAGUGGAAGGCGGAGGUGGAGUCGCCGGCGUACAACCGCCUGAGGAAGGCGGAGGGCCUGGCGCGCCCGGCGCUCGCGCUGGUGCAGGCGCGGCGUGAGCUCGCCGAGGCGGGCCCGGCGGCGGACAAGCAGUCGUCGGCCGGCGGUGUGCCGGGGAACUCGUACCGGAUGGUGCUGUUGGACCCGGCGGAGGGGAGGUGGACGCCGCUGCCGGAGGUGGGUGGAGCGAGUGGGAGCUUGCCGCUGUUCUGCCAGGUGGCGGCGGUGGAUGGCGGUGUGGAGGGGAGGAAGCGGCUGGUGGUCGUCGGCGGCUGGGACCCGGAGACGUGGGCGCCGACGGACUCGGUGCUCGUGUAUGACUUCCUCACGGGCGCGUGGCGCCGUGGCGCGGCCAUGCCGGGCCCGCGCCGGUCGUUCUUCGCGUGCGCCGCCGUCGGCGGGAAGGUGUUCGUCGCCGGUGGCCACGACGAGGAGAAGAACGCCCUUCGAUCGGCGCUGGCGUACGACCCGGACGCCGACGCGUGGGCCGCGCUCCCCGACAUGGCGGAGGAGCGCGACGAGCCGCGCGGGCUCUGCGUCGACGGCAAGUUCCUGGUCGUCGGCGGGUACCCGACGCCGGCGCAGGGGCGAUUCGUCGGCUCCGCCGAGUGGUUCGACCCGGCGACGUCCACCUGGUCCGCCGUCCAAGAAGGCUUCGUCGACGACGGCGCGUGCCCGAGAACCUGCAGCGCCGCCCCCGAGGCCGGAGACCGCAUGUACAUGCUCCGCGACGGGCACCUCGUGGCGCGCCACGGCGCCAUCUCCUCCGCCCCCGCGGCGUGGCGGCCCGUGGCGCCGGUGCCGGAGGACGCGCGCACCGCGGCGGCCGUUUCCGUCAUCCCCGACGGCCGCGUCGUGGUCAUCGGGUCCGACUGCCACGGCGGCGACCAGACGGUGUACACGCUGCGGGAGGAGGCCGGCAAGCCCGCGUCGUGGGCGCGCGCGCCGGCGCCGCCCGAGUUCUCCGGGCACGUCCAGGCCGCCUGCCUUCUAGAAAUCUGAAGCGUAUUACAGAAACUAAAUUCCGUGUAUAAUUGUGUAUCCAUCUAUGUACAUAUCACAUAUGUGUGAGUAGCAGAGUUCGAGUUUGUACAGCAACUUUUGCGAGGAAAAAAAAUGGUUAAACGAGUGUAUCAAUUUUGAAAUUUUUGAUCAAAUGACAGUGUGUGUUUGUAACAAACACACGCCUUUUCGCA